GCAGCAGCGGCAGCAGCAGCGUUAGCCGUGUGCGCUUUAAAUAGGAUCCAGCCUGGGGACUCGGCAGGCAGUAGCAAACUGUGCUUACUGCCGGCGGGGCGGGCUCGGCCUGCGGAUAACGAGGUAGAGGAAGAUUUCUGAAUCAGUGUUCCUGCAAUGUGACCAAUCAUUCUCAAGGAAACAAGUUAUGAGAACCUGGCCUAAGGGACAGCCACAACGGGACAAUGCAGGCACAUGAGUUAUUUCAAUACUUUCGAGUGCCAGAGCUUGGGGACUUCCGACAAUAUAUGCGCACUCUCCCAACAAACACGCUAAUGGGCUUCGGAGCUUUUGCUGCUCUCACGACUUUCUGGUAUGCUACGAGACCCAAGGCUCUGAAACCACCGUGUGACCUCUCCAUGCAAUCGGUGGAAGUGGAGGGGACUGAUGGUGCAAGGAGAUCCGCGAUACUUGACAGUGAUGAACCAUUGUCGUUUUUCUACGAUGAUGUAACAACACUGUAUGAAACCUUCCAGAGGGGUAUACAGGUGUCAAAUGAUGGCCCUUGUUUAGGCUCUCGGAAACCUGGUCAACCGUAUGAGUGGAUUUCAUAUAAAGAGGUUGCAGACAAGGCCGAGUGUGUGGGCUCAGCGCUGCUCCAGAAGGGUUACAAGGCGUCGCCAGAUCAAUAUUUUGGCAUCUUUGCUCAAAACAGGCCUGAGUGGGUAAUUGUCGAACAAAGUUGCUAUACAUACUCGAUGGUGGUGGUCCCUCUUUAUGAUACCCUUGGAAAUGAAGCGAUAACAUACGUAAUUAACAAAGCUGAACUGUCUUUGGUUUUUGUUGAUAAGCCAGAGAAAGCGAACCUCCUGUUAGAAUCUGUAGAAAACAAGCUAACCCCAGGUCUUAAAGUCAUAGUCAUCAUGGAUCCCUUUGACAGUGAUCUCGUGGAACGAGGCAAAAAAUGUGGAGUGGAUAUAAUGAGCAUGAAAGCAUUGGAGGACCUGGGAAGAACUAACAGGAGGAAGCCAAAGCCUCCAUCGCCUGGUGACCUUGCCGUGAUUUGUUUCACCAGUGGGACAACAGGCAAUCCCAAAGGCGCAUUGCUCACCCAUCAAAAUAUAGUGAGCGACUGUUCGGCUUUUGUGAAAGUGACACAGGGUGUGGUGACUCCUUCUCCAGAUGACAUUUUGAUAUCUUUCUUGCCUCUUGCCCAUAUGUUUGAGAGAGUUGUGGAGUGUGUAAUUCUCUGUCAUGGGGCUAAAAUUGGAUUUUUCCAAGGAGAUAUCCGGUUACUUAUGGAUGACCUUAAGACGCUGCAGCCUACCAUCUUCCCUGUGGUUCCAAGACUGCUGAACCGGAUGUUUGACAGAAUUUUUGGACAGGCCAACACAAUGAUGAAACGGUGGAUCCUGGACUUUGCUUUUAAGAGAAAAGAGGCAGAACUCCGAAGUGGCAUAAUUAGAAACAACAGCCUAUGGGACAAAAUUAUUUUCCACAAAAUUCAGGCAAGCCUUGGAGGGAAAGUAAAGUUAGUGAUCACUGGAGCGGCUCCUAUAUCAGCAACUGUUCUUACUUUUCUGAGAGCAGCACUUGGAUGUCAGUUCUAUGAAGGCUAUGGACAAACAGAAUGCACAGCUGGAUGUUCUUUGACGGUGCCAGGAGACUGGACAGCUGGCCACGUUGGUGCUCCAAUGCCUUGCAAUCUUAUAAAGCUUGUUGAUGUAGAAGAAAUGAAUUAUUUGGCUGCCAAGGGAGAAGGUGAGAUAUGUGUGAAAGGGCCAAAUGUAUUUAAGGGCUAUUUGAAGGACCCAGCAAAAACAGCAGAAGCUCUGGAUAAAGAUGGCUGGCUGCACACCGGAGAUAUUGGGAAAUGGUUACCAAAUGGUACCUUGAAGAUCAUUGACAGGAAAAAACAUAUAUUCAAACUGGCACAAGGGGAAUACAUAGCGCCUGAAAAAAUUGAAAAUAUCUACCAGCGAAGCGAGCCUGUAGCUCAGGUGUUUGUACAUGGGGAAAGCUUACAGGCAUUCCUCAUAGCUAUAGUGGUACCAGAUGUGGAGAUACUGGCUCCCUGGGCCAAAAAGAAGGGCUUCAGUGGAUCUCAUGCAGACUUGUGCAAAAAUAAGGAUGUUAAAAAAGCAAUCCUUGAAGACAUGGUGAGGCUCGGGAAAGAGGCAGGUCUGAAGCCUUUUGAGCAGGUCAAAGGCAUUGCUCUCCACUUGGAAUUAUUUAGUGUGGAGAAUGGCCUUCUGACCCCGACACUGAAGACAAGGAGAUCAGACCUCCGGAAAUAUUUCAGAUCACAGAUAGAUGAACUCUAUUCUACCAUUAAGAUUUAAUCUUGAGGAAGAUAGCUUGGACAAAACAAAACCGCACACCUCCAAAAGAUCUACUUCUACUGUUGGUCUUCGUAUUGGUAAUUUUGACUACAGCAAACAUAGGGAAGGAGGCUUGUUUGGACGGGGUUCUUGGCAUAGGAAUUUUGAAGGAAACAGAACACUGCCUUACUGUCGCCUUGUGUUGCUGACCAUUUUGUGGUGAUACACAGUUUCCAAAAUGAGCCUUAAAUUGUACAGGGCAACUGUAAACCUGAUAAGUUAUUUGGGACUUUCUCAGCCCAGAAGGUGGGUGUUGACUCUUCUCUCCUGAUCCUAACCAAGGAACUAGGGCUUCCCUGUUUCUGAAAGGUCAGAUGUUUGAUACAAUCUCUGCAGUUGUCUGCUCCAAAGGGUACAUGGUACACUAGAGGAAAAGAAUCCUUUUAAAAAUGACAAACACACACACAGCAGUGGGGUAUACCAUAAUUCAUCCAAAUAUUAUUUAAGCCCCUUUAUCUCACCCUUCUUUGAAUGAGGGUUGUGAAACUUUCUUUCCCUUAUGCCCUACCCCCAGGGUCACCCCAACCCAGAAAAGAAGGAAAUGUCAGAACUUUACUGUUUUAAGCUUAUGGUUCACUGUAAAUCAGGACAAAUGCACCUGAGCAGAUUUGUGGUCACAUGUGAAUGUCCUACAGAGUGUGGACGUGAAUGCAAAGCAGAAGGCCACCAAAAGAGUGCUUUCCAGAUAUCUCUCCUUCCCAUCCCUCCCUCCAGUAACAAAUCUGCCUUAGACUCGACCAUGAAGACGAAUUCAAGGAUACACACGCCAUCCAUGGCAGGAUCAGCCGGGAUGACCUGAUAACCGUACACCUUAUCUCUACACUGCACUAGCCACUCUUUCUGUAUAAUGGCCAACGGGUUUUUAAUGUAGUUUUCAUAUCAGAAUAUCAUGCCGUGAUUAAUGCUUUUUUUUUUUGUUUGUUUCCCAGAAUAAACUGUCUUGUACCAAACAUAUCACUUCAAAGGAUAGAGGGAAUAGCUAUAUUUGAAUACUUUUUUGUUGAAAUGGAGGGUAGUGAUUGACAGGAAUGGGCCCAUCUCAGAAGUCUACUCAUGAUUUCUACAAAAUGUAUUCAACAAGCCAGAAUAAAUGGUAACUAACAGGGAGAUGUGUAAAUCUGGGGGCAAAAAAUUUUUCCUAGGAGUAACUCCUGAGGGCCUUUUAUUCUAAUUGGGGAAAUUGGUAGGAUUUCAAUUAUUACAGGUCUUGGCCACAUUUGAAUGAAUUAAGUUGUCAUUUAAAGUGAUUCUGUUUUUUGGAUACAUGGGAUUAUAUGUAAUAUUCAAGCACAAUAAGGUUUGCACUAAAGAGAUGUCAUUGUAAUAACACUAUUUGGUAGCCUAACUUCGUGAUGUGUGCUCUUAAUUGCACACAUAUCUAAGUCGGUAAUUUGUCACAUUGGAGUUUUGGAUGUUUGCUUUCAGUGUUGGCUAUUUCUAUGUUUUAUAAACCAAAACAGAAUUUCCAAAAAAAUAACGAAGGAAACCAAAAUAAAUAUUUCUGCAUUUCA